GCGAACAACCACUCUCUCUCCACCCCGCUCCAAUCUCUGGACUUCGACCAAGCCAUGGAUAUAGAUCGAGACCCUCCCUCAAAACGACGCCGGACGUCAAGCGAAGAUUCGUUCUCGUCGAGAAAUUCCGCCGCCGAACCACGAUCCCAUCUUCCCGCCCUGCGCCAUCCAGAUUCCCGAGACGCCAGAAGGGGGAGAGGAUAUUCGAGUUCGAGGAGCAGGAACGCGAGUCGCGAUGACACUCCAAACAUUCGUCGGUCAAGGAGCCGCAGCCGAUCGCGUUCCAGAAGAAGUCUGAGCAGAUCCCGCACCCCAAGUUCGGUGUACGAGUCCGGGCGAGAGCAUCAACCCCGUUCAAGAUCAGAGUCAAGACGGAGGCCAAGGUCACGGUCAAGGUCAAGAUCCAGAUCAUUUGACUCGUCGCUCGACCGUCGGGGCUCACGUUCUCGCUCUCGAUUGCCGUCGGCGUCACCCAUCCCAGGCCCGACAGAAAAGCCCAAGUCUCUCAACUUCACCCCUCUAAUCACUCUCGCGCGCGCCCACGCUCGAGGUAUCACCUCCAUCAAAUUUUCCCCUGACAUGACUCUCCUGGCGACCGCGUCGGCGGACAACGCCAUAAACAUCUACUCCGUUCCCUCAAAUCCAACGCCCGACACACCUCUAAAGCACAUACGCACGCUACGCGCACAUUUAGCAGGCGUAAACGCAAUAGCCUGGUCUCCAGUGGGACCACCCUAUACCCUUGUCUCGGCCGGCGACGACAAAUCCAUCCUCCUGUGGUCUCCCCUGUCAUCGGACUUCCCUAUUGCGCCCUCACCUUUUAUGGGACACAGCAACUACGUUUAUUCCCUCGCCUUCUCUCCCAAAGGGAACAUGCUUGUUUCCGGCUCCUUCGACGAAGCGGUCUUUCUGUGGGACGUGCGCUCCGGCCGCGUCAUGCGCAGCCUGCCGGCCCACUCCGACCCCGUCGGUGGCGUGGAUUUCUUAAAAGAUGGCACGAUGGUCUGCUCCUGCGCCGGGGACGGGCUGAUUCGCAUAUGGGAUGCCGGGACAGGACAGUGUCUCAAAACCCUGGUCGACGAGGACCGCAAGGCCGUCACGAGCGUGCGAUUCUCCCCCAACGGGAAAUUCGUGCUUGCGUGGACGCUGGACAACUGUGUCAGGCUGUGGAACUACAUUGAAGGGCGAUGCGUCAAGACGUACCAAGGCCACGUGAACCAAGAGUACAGCCUCAGCGGGACGGUCGGGAGCUACUCUCACAAAAGCGGCACCGGGCAGCGCAGGCUGGAAGCGUUCCUGGCCAGUGGGAGCGAAGACGGGGACGUGCUGGCGUGGGACGUCACGAGCAAGGAAAUCCUCUGGCGCGGCAAGGGACACCGCGACGUCGUGCUGGCGAUGGACUUUGGGAGGACCCAGGAGGGCAAGGGCCUGCUCGUGAGCGGCGGCAAGGACCGCGACUUGCGCAUCUGGAUGCUGGAGGGCGACGAGGCGGAUGCCGACUUCUUCGCCGCCACCACCGCCGCGGACAGGCAGGACUUGGACAGAGGCCGCGACGACGUGGACAUGGACAUGGACAUGCAAAUGACCAUGGACAUGGGCGAUGUGGUCGACGGGCCGACCUCGCGUGGCAAUCACGAUAUGCACGGCGAUGCAGGGGGAGGAGGAGGAGGGGGAGCAGCAGCAGUCGGCGACGGCAACGACAUGGACAUUGAUGGUGAAAACCCUGCUUGACCGAUAGCCCCAGGUCGGGAACCCCGAAUUUAUAUGUGAUUCCUAGAAAGCGCAAACACUCGACGAAUCCCAUUUUCGUUGACAAAACAAAGCAUAAUACCUGAAUUGC